UCUUUUUAAAGUUCGUGGAGAUUUUAGACUAAAUUUAAGCGCUCAGAGCCUUCUAAUUUAUAAAUUUAAUACCACGUACUUUGGCGAACACAAGCACUGUUUCUAUCUGAAUCGAACGGUUUUUUUCUUCUUCUUCUUCUUUUGUUUGAAGGACCUUUUGACUCUCACAGAGAGAGAGAGAGAGAGAGAGAGAGUAUGGGUCGGCCUCCCAGCAAUGGAGGUCCUGCCUUCCGUUUCAUGCAAUACGAGGUUGUGGAGAUGGAAGCUAUUCUGCAACAACACAACAAUACGAUGCCAUCACGUGAUGUUCUUGUGUCACUUGCAGAGAAGUUCAGUGAGUCGGACGAUCGAAAAGGCAAGAUUACAGUUCAAAUGAAGCAAGUUUGGAAUUGGUUCCAAAAUAGGCGGUAUGCUAUACGAGCAAAACUAAGUAAGGCUCCUGGGAAGUUAAAUGUGUCUCCUGUGCCUCGAGAUGAUUCAACUCCAGUGAGAAAUGUGCCACAAUCUAUACCUGCUCCGAUACCUGCUCCUUCAGUUCCAAGUGCAGGAAAGGGUGCUGCCGAAAAUUCUGUGUUGGAGUUUGAAGCUAGAUCUGGAAGGGAUGGUGCAUGGUAUGAUGUUUCUACCUUUUUCUCCCAUAGAUACUUGGAGACUGGUGAUCCAGAAGUACUGGUCCGUUUUGCUGGGUUUGGACCAGAGGAAGAUGAAUGGGUAAAUGUUCGCAAGCAUGUCAGGCCGCGCUCUCUACCAUGUGAAUCAUCAGAAUGUGUUGCAGUUCUUCCUGGAGAUCUCAUACUCUGUUUUCAGGAAGGUAAAGAGCAGGCUCUUUACUUUGACGCCCAUGUCCUUGAUGCACAAAGAAGAAGACAUGAUGUGAGAGGUUGCCGUUGUAGGUUUUUAGUGCGUUAUGAUCAUGAUCAGUCUGAGGAAAUUGUACCGCUCAGAAAGGUUUGCCGCCGGCCUGAAACUGACUACAGGUUGCAGCAGCUUCAUGCUGUGAAUGAGGCAGCUUCCAUGGACCAUCAGAAAACUAGCAUGGAUCCUCCCGCAGUCAGUGCUCCAAGGGUUACUACUCCUGUCGAAACAAUGCAAAAGCAGCGUUAUGCUGAUGCAGCUGUGCUGCCCCCAGUAUUGCAUGCUAAUGUUUCUGUAGCCACUCAUACAGUAAACCCAGAACCAAAACAAGCUGAAAACAGCGAGGCGAACAUUGCAGGAAAAGCUAACAUUCCCCCGGAUGCUGCAUUCGUGAGCAGCACAGCUCCUGGUGGCGGCAUUGAGAACAGGCCAGAAGCAAAUUAGUAGGUUGAUUAAACAUUCUGUAAUUCUCCUCUUUAUUUUAGUUUAGUUUAGUUGUUUUACUUUUAAAUUGUUAAUGAGCUUAAUUACAAGUGUUUUUUUGGAUGAGUAAUGCUCUGAGUUGGGUCUGUUUUCAAGAUGGCCUCUAACAAUUCAGUCAGUGGUUUCCUUCA